AAAAUUGGUGACCACUAUAAAAAAUAAUUUAUUGCGUGGAUUCCACACAUCAAUGAAUUAACAUUUAAAGAAAAUGUGAUCAAGAGGGGACUGGACUGGAGAUGAGAAAUCUUCAGUUAAAAUCAGUUUGCCGGUCGAUGUACAAUUUACCAUGUUUCUACAAGCGUUGAGAAUCUUCGUUGUAGUAUUGUACUUCAAGAAUAUUACAAGUGAAAAAAAUGACACAAAAACGAUACAUACUCGUCAAACACCGACAAAUUUUGAUGUAGUACGAACCGAGACAAGGAGGAUACCUCUUUUAACAGCGGUACCAAGACUUCUAACCUCUCCGCAAAAUUACUUCCAAACAGAUGCCUUUGGCCCGCAACAAAGCUUUUCAGCGAUACCACAAAAGACAAUUCGUAUUCAAGCACCUGCAGUAAAAUCGAAAGUUCAGAUUAUAACUUCAUUAAGCACAGACGACAUAUUAGAACUGGAGUGGAGCAAUUUCAAGAAAACUUUUCAAAAAAAUUACUCAACUCUCACCGAAGACAGGCAACGUAAAGAAAUUUUCAUAGAAAAUCGCAACAAAGUGGCGAAAUUUAAUCAAGCCUACGGAUUUGGUUACCACAGCUUCGUAAAAAAACUGAACGAAUAUGCAGACAUGCUUCACCACGAAUUCAACCACCAGUUGAACGGAUUUAACAGAACGGACGCACGCGGAAGGUCUGCAGGGAGCGUUCCUUCGGCUUUCAUCAGAAGUGAAAACGCUGAAACACCGAUUCGUGUAGAUUGGAGUGAAUUUGGAGCGGUCUCAAGCGUAAAAAGUCAAGGGAAGUGUGGAGCAUGCUACGCGUUUGCAUCGGCGGGCGCUUUGGAAGGUCAACAUUUUCGAAAAACUGGUCAACUAUUAGACCUCAGUGUGCAAAAUAUUAUAGACUGCAGCACUCCCUAUUCGAAUAACGGGUGUGUGGGAGGAGUAAUGGAUAAAUCAUACGAAUAUAUCAAAGAUAAUAAAGGGGUGGCUACAGAGGCAGCCUACCCUUUUGAAGGUAAAGACGGAUUAGAAUGUAGAUACACACCCGAGAAAUAUGGAGCACAUGCAACAGGUCACGUGGUUAUCGAUGAAGGUGACGAAAAUUCUUUAGAAUCGGCGGUGGCACAUUUAGGUCCAGUAAGCGUAGCAAUUGACGCGAGUCCAGAUUCUUUCCAGUUCUAUUCCAGCGGAGUCUACUUUGAACCUUCUUGCCAACCGGGUUUGGAAACUUUAAACCACGCCGUACUUGUCGUUGGUUAUGGAACUGAACCAAAUGGUCAAGAUUACUGGUUGAUUAAAAAUUCCUACGGAGCAGGAUGGGGGAUCGGAGGAUAUAUGAAAAUUGCAAAAUUUGCAAAUAAUCACUGCGGAAUUGCGUCUUUCGCUUCUUAUCCUUUAGUAUAAUAUUUGUCAAUAAUUUAAGUAAUGUUUCAUUCAACAAACCUUUGAGUUAUUCUCGAUAUAUAAAUAAAAGAACAGUCAAACAAA